AUGGGGGACUGCUUGAUGGAGGGGGACAACUGCUGGGCCGAGGAGGAGAUGAACUUGGGCGGCAACUGUUGUGUUGGGGAGACAAUGCUGUGUCCAAACUGUAGUGGGGAGUUUCCUUCCAUUGAAGCAGUUGUUCUGCAUCUUAAUUCUCAGUCUAAUACUUGUUGGUCACACAAAGAAUGCCCAAGACCAGAACAAUUCCCUGUUCCCCCUGGGUUGCGAGGUCCCCAUUCAUCGACAUCCUCUACCACUUGGCAUUUUCAUCCUCACUCUGGAUAUGUCUUUGGUCUCGGCAAAAACCUGUUUGACAGGUUGGAAGAAGAUCAGUUUGCGUAUCAGCAGAAACUAAACACUUAUUAUCCCUUCUGUGACAAAGGGGAGUGGGAGUUAGCAAAGUUCCUGGUCGAAAAUUUGAAUCAAACUCAGAUCGACAAGUUUUUGAAGUUGAAAUGGUUCAACACUCGCCCCAGACUAUCUUUCACCUCAAAAGAUGAACUUCUAGACUGGAUCGAUGGACUACCCUCUUUUGUGCAGUGGAAAGUUUCAGACAUCAAGUUUAAAGGUUAUAAGACAACGUAUCCUAUACAAUUCAUUUGGCGCGAUGCUUUAGAAGUUGUCAAACAACUCUUCAGUGAUCCAGUAUUUGCUAAUCACAUGUCGUAUCAACCACACAUAGUCAAUAUCGGAAAUCAGCGUGAGUACGGAGAUUAUAUGAGCGCUGAUAUGGCAUGGAAAAUUCAGGACUAUCUCCCAUUAGGUGCUACGCAAGUACCUAUCAUCUUGGGAUCUGAUAAGACUCCUGUGACACGAACCACUGGAGGGCUCGAGAUGCACCCGCUCUUCAUCACCAUUGGUAACAUUGAUUCGGAUGUUUGCUGCAAGGCCACACUACGAGCUUGGCGCUGUAUCGCUUACAUGCCCAUUGCCAAGUUUCAUGUACAUCCUGACUAUCAGACCAUUCUUCAGGCGCAGCUAUGGCACAAAUGCAUUGAUCUCGUCUGUGCCAACCUCAAGGUUACGGCGAAGCAAGAGGCUACCAUGAUCGCUGCAGUCAGCAAAAAGAUCUCCAACAAGAUUGAUCCUUGGGAUCUCGACAAAUUCCAGAAGGCAGCCAAAGCUGUCCAUCUGUCUGGAGUCCACAUGCCAUUUUGGCGUGAUUGGCUGUUCACAUGUCCAUCUGUCUUUCUCGCUGGCGAAGUUUUGCACACUUGCCACAAGUUUUUUGCGGAUCAUCUGCUCAAAUGGAUCAAAGAGACACUAGGUAAACCCGAGCUCGACGCUCGCUUCAUCAAUCAGCAUAAGCGGGUGGGAACACAUCACUUUACCAAAGGUAUCACCCAUGUCAACCAGAUGACAGGCUGCGAGCAUCGAGAUAUCCAAUGCACCAUUGUUGCUUCAAUUGCAGGUGCCGCUCCACCCAGAUUCAUUCGUGCAAUCCGUGCCUUCGUAGAUUUCAUCUAUCUUGCACAAAAUCUGGUUCAUUCUCCUGAAUCCCUGCAGUUGAUGGUGAAGGCACUUUCAGAUUUUCAUGAAUUCAAGGGUGCUAUCAUCGAAGCUGAAGCAAGGAGGGGGAGGAAGGGUGUCAAAGAAGAUUUUUUCAUCCCUGAACUCGAGCUACUACAAAGCUUCAGCGGUACGGUCAAGAAACUGGGCACUCUGAUGCAGUUUUCAGCCGAUAUGACGGAGCGCAUGCUCAUCACUCACUGCAAGGAUCUCUUCGUGCAAACAAGUCAACGAGCUAGUGAUUUCACGGAGCAGUGCAUACGGAUUCUCAACCGCCAGGAGUCGAUGGAAUUGUUUAACCUGUACACGCUGGUUUAUUCUCAUGGCGUGUCACUCGUCAAUGACAUAUGCAACGAAGAUGCGGAAGUGACCACCAUCAAUCCGGUGCUCUCCUGGGUUUCUCACGUUCUCCCUGAUGAAGCGCAUUCUAUUCAUGGACCUUGGCCAGGCAUUCUUUCAGGAGAUGCUCUCACUGCCUUUCCUCUGACUGCGACACCGGAUUUCAAAUCUCUGUCACCCGUCAAUAUUUACACCAAAUAUUCCCUCGUUGACUUUGAACACACGCUCUCUGAGUUCAUCAGAUGUUCAUCCCUCUCCAGUGGUGAGCAUACCCACUGGAAGCAUAGCCAUGGUCACUUUUGCACGUGGAACAAAUUUCAAUUACAGCUUCACUCUGCCUUCCAGGCGCGAGUGAUCAUGCCAAGCAGAGUGAUCCAAGCGUACCCGCCGACCAAAGAUUCCACGUGCUUCGACCUGGUUUUACCGACAUAUCUUGCUAGUCCGCUCCUCUACGUCCAAUACUUCAACUUUGUCGCCAAUCCCACAUAUGUGGUAGACCAACAUGAUAGACGCUAUAGGCGUGGUGGUGUGGUGUCAUUGAUAAAUGUAACACACGCCAUCAAAUUGAUCCCAGAAUAUGGUAACAAGGUGGACGAGAACAUUUCUUUGGUCACCUGUUUGGAGAGCUAUGACUGUUUUUUUCUGAACAGCUUUGCAGAUAAGGAGAGUUAUCAUACAUUCAGUACAGAGUUUGCAUAG